UUCUCCAACAGGUAGAUGUCGCCCGCAUCAUAAUUGGUACAACUUUGGAACCGAAUUUUUUGGUCUAGGUUUUUUGCAAAUAAUUUUAAAAAACACCCAUCAAAAUGGCUAAAAUGGCAUUUCAGCAUCAGGCCGGAACGGCUAUGGAAUGUUUGAGUAUUCCAAUAACUUUACAUAAAGAAGUCGAAGGCGAUACUAUGAGAUGUGGUUUUAAAAUUGGUGGUGGAAUUGACCAGGACUAUCACAAAAGUCCUCAGGGAUACACAGAUAAUGGCAUAUAUGUAACAGAAGUCCAUGAAUCAAGUCCUGCAUCAAAAAGUGGUUUAAGAGUCCAUGAUAAAAUUCUCCAGUGUAAUGGAUAUGAUUUUACAAUGGUGACACAUAAAAAGGCUGUCAGUUACAUAAAGAAACAUCCUGUACUUAAUUUAUUGGUUGCAAGGAAAGGUGUUACAUCCACAUAAAUACAAGCUCAAUAUUUGUGAUUAAGUUAACUUGAACAAAUCAAAGAACAGUAUGGAAUAUUAACUAGAAAAUUGAGUUAUAAUGUGGCGUAUGUAUUUUUAAUUGUAUUGUGUUAAUGAUUGGGAUAAGUAACAUUAAAAUAAGAAUUAGUCAGAACAGUUUUCUUGACUAUUGGCUUAUGAUAAAUGCAUUUAAUAAAUACAAAUCAAAAUUGAUAAACCAACUGGAGUACACUUAUUAGAUUUAAAAGGCCAAAAAUCGAGUUAACUGUGUUAGAUUUAUAAUUCAUUCCAUACCAGUUACCAUGAAUUAUUAGGAAAUAUAGUCUAUAUAUUUAUGUUUUUAUAUUGAAUAUAUAUUGUUAUAAUUGUUAAUCAGUAUCUUUUAUAUUUUUUACUUUGAGAAAUGAGUGUUUUUAAUAAAACAGUAUGUAUGGUUUAAUCUACAUAGAAAUUACUAAAACGCUAACCUUUUUUGAAAGCAUGUGUGUGUAGGUACUGCAUGACCAUUAUUUAUUUGUGAUUUAAGUAAGAAAUAAAAAUAAUAUUCUAUAUAUAAU